UUAGGAUUUAUAGAAUGUAAAUAAAUUCAAUUCAAUUCAAUAAUGGGGAAGCAUGAAGUGUGUACCCCCAAAUAUAUUGCGAAGAAAAUAAGGGUGAAAUGCCUCCAGACACUUCGUUGGUAUUGUCAGAUGUGCGAGAAGCAAUGCCGUGACGAGAAUGGUUUCAGGUGCCAUAUGACGUCAGAAUCACAUCAGCGACAACUUCUUCUAUUUGCUGAUAAUGCAGACAGGUACAUUAAUAAUUUUUCCAAAGAAUUUGAAAGAGAUUAUCUGGAAGUACUAAAACAUGAGUUUGGUACAAAACGUGUUCAUGCAAAUCGUGUGUACCAGCACUAUAUCUCCGACCGUCAUCAUUUGCAUAUGACUUCUACAAAGUGGGAUACAUUGACAGACUUUGUGAAAUGGCUUGGAAGAGAAGGAAAGUGCAAGGUGGAUGAGGGUGAAGAAGGAUGGUUUGUACAGCAUGUAGACCGUGACCCAGAAACAAUUGCCAUGCAAGAAUCUGUUUCCCGCAAGGAGAAGAUCGACAAAGACGACCAAGAGAUGAUGAUGGCCUUUACUGAAAAGCAAAUUGAGAAGGGGAAAGAAAGUUCCAAGAAUGACACACCUGUCUUCAUGGAGUUUGUGCGACCAAGCGAGCAACAUAAAAUUGUUGUAAAUUUGAUGGUAGAAAGAAAAAGGGAUGAGGACAUGAAAAAUAAAAUUUUUGUGGCAAGUAAUGCAUUGAAGAAUGGUUCUUCAGCAGAAAACAUUAAAGACUCUAGAGAAUCUGGAAGAAGGAGAGGUGAAAAG